AGACUUAAGACCGGCCUGACCGGCCCAUUGUUUUGAUCAACUUUACCGGUUACGUGUGUCCUUAUGAUAGAAGUACGAUUGAAUAUUUUUCUUUGUGCAUAUGAUUAUGUAGCUGCAAGUUUUUGUUUGGAUAGGCCCUUACGAUCUACAUAAACUAGGCUUAAGGAUGCAUUUAUGGGGAGUUCCCCCUUUCAUAAGAUGACGCAAACUGCAGGCAACUGCAGGGAACAAUGACGGCGAGGAGACAGGAGAUGCACGUUGGAUAAGAUUACGGACGUUUCGUAUUACAGCUAAAUCGUCGUUUUAUAACUUUAGAAUUCUUCGAAAUAAUACGUGACAUUCGUGACUUAUCGCGAUAACUCGUAUCAAUGUUCAAUUUGAUGCUUUUAUUAUAGUAUCGGUUUUUACAAAAAUAAUUACUUUCAUCAUGCAGAAGAAACAGGAGGACGAAGAUUUUAUGAUCUGUACGGCACCUGCAUUAGCUCAAAGAUUUAAGUUGCCACCAUCUUUUAUUCCACAAAGUUUACAUCAUGCAUUAAAAAGUAUACGUUGUCCGCAAGAGAAUUCUAUUUCCUCUUCAGUUCUAUGCAACAGUUAUAUGAAGUGCAUUAAAAGUUUGUCUGAUGUACAAAGGAUAACUGAACGGGAUUACUUGUUCAUAUUAAAAAUAUGCUUGUAUCUAAUACAAUUUGAAUUAGAUGUUGAAAUGAAACAGUACACAUUGAAAAAUCAUACAAUUAAGAUUUCUGACUCAGAAAAAAACUGUUUUUUAAUCAGCAUGAAAACUUUGAGUUUCGACUGUCCUGUAGUAAUUAGACCAGAAGAUAGUGCUAUUCUUUUUGAAUCUAGUACAAAAAGAAGUUUUUAUACUAAAGUCGUGAAUGUGGAAGAAAACAAUGAUAUAAUAAUAAGGCCUUUUCCUCAAGAUGUUAAAACAUUGCAAGAGUCCUGCAAGGAGAAACAAUUUAAUAUAAGCUUUCGAAGCCAACAUUGGCCAUUGAGAUGCUGUCACUAUGCAUUAACGAUAAUGAGUCAACGCAAUUGGAUGGAGAUUAUAUAUCCACAAUUGAAGACAAAUUGCAUAGAUAUGGAAUUUGAUAUCGAAUGGGUUAAUACUAAUAUAAAGGAGAAUAAACGACAAAGGCAAGCGGUGAAGAAGAUACUGAAUAAUACAGCUCGCCCUGCACCUUAUAUAAUUUUCGGUCCCCCAGGUACGGGAAAGACCGCGACGUUGGUUGAGACAAUAUGUCAGAUUGUGAGGCAUUAUCCGUCGAAAAAUAUAUUGGUGUGCACGGUAUCUAAUGCAGCAGCCGAUGAAAUAGCCAAAAGAUUAAUUAAACAACAGAUUCCAAAAAACUUGAUAUAUCGAAUGUAUGCUCCAUCUAGAGAAUGGUCGACUGUAAAUGAAGAUAUUCAACCUUGCGCGAAUUUUGUUGAGAAAACUACACUCUUUUUGUCAAAGGAUUUACUGUUGUUGAAAAAAAUUAUUAUUACAACAUUAGUAUCAUCCAUAAGAUUGUCCGGUGUAAGUUUCUGGGAGAAUCAUUUUUCUUACAUAAUUGUUGACGAGGCAAGUCAAGCGACUGAAGCAGAAAUGUUAAUUCCUCUCGCGAUAACAAAUAAAGCUGAAGAUGGGACUGAGUUUCAAGCACAAAUUAUUAUCGCAGGUGAUCCUUACCAAUUGGGACCUGUUAUUCGUUGCAGAAGAAUUGAACAUCUUCUCGGAAGAUCCACGUUGGAAAGAUUAAUGGACGAUUCUGAUGUAUAUAAAAAGCAGAAUGGAAAAUAUAAUCGAAACUAUAUAACAAAAUUAGUUAAAAAUUACCGUAGCCACGAAAGUCUGUUGUACGUGUCAAAUAAACAAUUUUAUAACAAUGAAUUGGAGAUCUGUGGAGGAGCCAAUACGCAAAUGGCAUUGGACUGGUCGCAAUUGCCCAAUAAAAAGUUCCCUAUGAUAUUUCAAGAAGUUAUAGGCACAGAAGAAAGAUCUCCAUCUCAAAGUGUCUACAACACAGCCGAAGUAUUAGCGGUAUUGGUAUACGUGAAUAUACUGAUGAACACGAAAUUUAACAAACGCGCGAUAAAAACGAGGGAUAUUGGGAUCAUAACACCUUUCAAACGACAACAGUUAGAUAUUAAACAUCACCUAGCAGCUAUGAAUUUGAAAGGUAUAACCGUGGGAACCGUUGAAACAUUUCAGGGUCAAGAACGAAAUGUCAUGAUAUUGUCAACGGUACGAUCUAAAAUCUUCAAACACGAUGAUAUAGAACAUCUUGGAUUCUUAUCCAAUCCAAAGAGAUUCAAUGUUGCUUUGACACGUGCAAAAGCACUUAUGAUAAUAAUAGGAGAUCCAAGUAUACUCUGCACAAACAAACAUUGGAAAGUACUCUGGGAGUACUGUAAAAAAAAUGGUGGAUACGUUCCCUUUGAACAGUUGCCAUUGAAAGAGGAUUUAAUCAUAAAAUUAAAAGGCAUUUCUGAAGCUAAUUCAUCGAAUUCAUCGAUUGAUAGCGACACGUCAAGUGCAACAAACUUACCUACCAUGGAGCUUAGAAAGGAAGAAAGAGAAGCAAGAAGAGCAUUAUCCGGUGCACUUGUAAGUGAAAUGGAAAGUUUGAUUUUAAAGAAAAAAACCAAUUGAUAUAGAUAUUCAGUGGGAGAAUAAAUUGCAUUUUUCAAAUGCAAAACAUAUACUUAAUGUAAUAUUUUAUUCAUGUUAUUUUCAUCUUUUAAGUUAUCCAAAGUUAUCAAUAUUAUUAAGUGUAAGAAAGCUAAAUGUCAUUUUUUUCAAGUUAUCAAAAAGUAAAGGUAUCAAUUUUAAACAUGAAACUGUUGACAAUAUUUAGUGUUAAAUAUAAAACAUCAUUGUUUUAAAAUCAUCAGAAAAACGAAAAUAUUUAAUAUUAAAUAUGAAACAAAAAAACACAUUUGUUUAAGUUAUCAUAAAAAUUAAAAUAUCAAUUUUUGGCAUUAAGUGCGAAGCAGUUGAAUAUUGUUUUAUCUAAAUGAUAAAAAUACUAGUUGUUCAGUAUUAAGUGCGAGAUAUGCAGUUAAGCAUCAUUGUUUUAAAAUUAUUCAAAAAAAAUAUCAGUAUUAUUAAAUAUUAAGUGAAAGAGAGUUGACUAUACAACUUAUUAUCACUCCGAUGAUAUUUGUUUUAUGAAUCAGUUGUACGUUUAAAAAAUGUUUUUUAAGAUGAAUAUUUUCGGGGAUGAUAUGUGAUAUGAGCACAAUGAAAUUUAACAAAAUAAUUUGACAACUUUAGAACUGUAAGAUAGCAGUGCAAUAUAUAACGUACAAUCGAUGUACAAUAUAUAAUGUAAUUUAUCUGCAAUUAAAAAAUGGUUAUAUCCUUAAUAAUAAGCAGUAAACUAUUAUAAUAAUAAUAGUGAGUUUUGAAGAUUUUUUAUGUAGCUUUACACUAAUUAAGCUAAAAGUACAUUUUUUGUAAAAUAUUCUUGAUCUUUUUUUUAUCAUGAUUACCUUUAAUAAUAAUGGGUUUUAAAUCAGAUUUUUUAGAUAGCUCUUCGCACUGGUUGAACUAAAGUUAUUUUUAUAUAAAAUAUUCUUGAUCUUUUUUUUUUAUCAUGACUAUACAUUUAGUUUUAACUAAAUAAAUUAUCAAAUUCUUUUAAUGUGUCUCUUGGAGAUAAGUUCAUACUGUGAUAUUGUAAACAUUUCAAAUGGACAGAUGUAUCAAUUGAUCGAAAUAAAGAGACAGAAAUUUGUAAAAAACUA